CUCUCUCUCUCCCUCUCCCUCUCUCUCUGUGGGGAAGACAAACAAAUAUUUAAUGAGGGGGUUGGGAGGAGUAGGAAAUAUAGGCGAGAAGGUUGGGGGAUCGUUUGGCGUGGGAACACUCUGCUUCCAAAUUCAGUCCCUAUUUAUGACUAUGAUCCGUUAUUAUUAGCAGUGCAGCGUCAACUGCUUCCGACCCAGCCCGCCCCUUGCGUUUCCCCAACCGCCCCUUCGCUCCGAAUUACCAGGGAUGCGUAAUACUUUGGUUAUCGAAAAAACCAACCAACGCACGAUUGCAAACAAACGUCACUGCGACCCCACCCCCUUCCCUUUCUCCAUUUUCCGCCUCCUUAUUCUUCUUCUUCUUCUUCUUCUUCUUCUUCUUCUUCUGAAUAUUAAUCCAUUUGAAUUUUCUGGUUUGAAUCCCGCCCCCCCAUGGGAAGUCAAUCCCCCACAACUUCCGCGAAACUUCUCCUGGAGAAUUAUUAGCGUCAUUUUGUCUGACCUAGGACCUUGUUUUCCUGUGAAUACUGCUCAAAUAUUCCUGCGAGAGUGAUGCGCCCCGCCUGGAGAUGGAAUGCUUCUUGUUGCAUUUAAUGCCUACAAGCAGCAUCUUAUGGAUCACAGCAAUAUUCAAAUGGCUAGAGUCCACUCCCAUCUCGACAUGGGAUCGAUAGAGGAAAAAUCCGUACUUCAGUUUGAAGCCGACAGCCUGGUUGAUGAGGAAGUUGAUAGGAAGUCUGUGUCUCUGGAUGUGGCUUCUCGGAGAUCUUCAUCUGCCGCUGCUACUUCUGGGGAAGAUGUUACUAACUAUCCGAGGAAUAAUGUGUUUAAGAGCAUAAAAAUUGUAGUCUUCUCUACUAAAAUCAACUUGCUCAUACCUUUUGGACCUUUAGCAAUUCUGCUUGACAAAUUCGCUGCUGGCCACCAAGGAUGGGUCUUCAUUCUUAGCUUAUUGGGCAUCAUACCUUUGGCAGAGCGCUUGGGUUAUGCUACAGAGCAGCUGGCUUUCUUCACUGGAGCUACAGUUGGGGGUCUUUUAAAUGCUACAUUUGGAAAUGCGACAGAAUUGAUAAUAUCAAUCUAUGCACUGAAAAGUGGUAUGAUACGCGUUGUUCAACAGUCCUUACUGGGAUCAAUUCUGUCAAACAUGUUGCUGGUGCUUGGAUGCGCUUUUUUCUGUGGCGGAAUUGUUUACUCAAAGAAGGAUCAGAUGUUUAAUAAGGCUUCUGCUGUAGUGAACUCAGGAUUGCUGUUAAUGGCAGUCAUGGGUCUGCUAUUUCCUGCUGUCCUUCAUUACACACACACUGAGCUGCAUUAUGGAAAGUCUGAAUUAGUUCUUUCAAGGUUUAGCAGCUGUGUCAUGCUCGUGGCAUAUGCUGCUUAUCUUGUUUUUCAGCUGAAGAGCCAUAAGAAUCUUUAUGCCCCAGUUGACGAGGUGGGGGAUCAUGCUGAAGGGAACCUAGAUGAUGUAGAGAAUCCAGAGAUCUCCAAGUGGGAAUCAAUAAUUUGGUUAUGUAUUUUGACUGCAUGGAUUUCAGUCCUCUCCGAAUACCUAGUUGACACAAUAGAGGGUGCAUCAGUUUCAAUGAAAAUUCCGAUGGCAUUUAUUAGUGUUAUACUGCUUCCCAUUGUUGGAAAUGCCGCAGAACAUGCAAGUGCCGUUAUGUUUGCUAUGAAAGACAAGCUUGACAUUUCUUUGGGAGUGGCAAUAGGAUCAUCAACACAGAUAUCUAUGUUUGGGAUUCCUUUUUGCGUGGUAGCUGGGUGGAUCAUGGGGCACCCUAUGGACUUAAAUUUUCAACUUUUUGAGACUGCCACACUUUUCAUGACAGUUCUAGUGGUGGCCUUCUUGUUGCAGGAGGGAACAUCUAACUACUUUAAAGGUCUAAUGCUCAUUCUUUGCUACCUGAUAGUUGCUGCAAGUUUCUUUGUACAUGUAGAUCCUGAAUCUGUGGGUGAGCUUGUUUCUUCUUCCCCUUCCAACUGGAAAUAUAGAAGCUUUAAUGACUUAUAUGUAUGCUUUGAGCAUUGCCUUUGUAUCAGUACUUUGUAUUUGGUUAUAUUUCCUUUUUCCAUUUUAUUUUUCUAGAGUGAAAUUUUGUUCACUCUUGGUUAUUAUCCCGUUCACAAAACAUGUCUGCACCCUAAGCUCUAGUUGAGCAUGUCCUUUCUGGUGACAUGGGAAUAAAAAUGAAACAAUUUUAUCUGAAGGGCAUCCAUUCAGAUUCUCUUACGCUGCGUUUGGGAGCAUUAAUUUCAGGUCUUGGAAUUGGAUUUGGAUUUGGACAAGGUUCAAUACAAUUUUGUGUUAUAUUUCUUUCAAAUCCAUACAAAUUCAAAUCCAAGGCCUCUUCCAAACACAUGGUUACAGAAUUUCUCCUACAAAGUCUGUCUAUACUAUUGCCUGGUGAAGCCCUUGUUAAUUUUUCUGGUCUUGUGAUGAUUAAUCUGUAACACAAUGGUUACAUGGUUUUGCAGCAGAUAAGCCCGGAAAAAUGUAGUCAUAAAGAGCAAUGUAUUCACGGAGUUGCCCUGCAAAAGGACUUCAUCCACUCAAAUGUGGAUAUGAUGAUGAGGAGGUUCCUAGUUCGAGACAGAUUCUUGGACUAGAUACGUUCUGCUCAAGAGCUGUAUAUUAAUGUGAUAGCUUUUUAAAUUGAACCAUUCCUCUCCGAUUUCAAGCUUCCAGGAUGUUUUGAAGUUCACUUUGAUGAUGAGGUGAUUGGUGAAUACUUUCUUGUUUCAUACUUCAUUGGUAGAGAGGUGAUAGCUGGACAUAGGCAUUAGCUUUUAGUUAAAUUUCAUAUGGUAGGGAGGCAAAAGCAAGUGAAAUAUAUGAAAUUCCAAGUAUACAGAGUUCUCUUUUGUUAAUAUUACAAAUAUGGAUGUAGUUUUUGGUAUUUUUUUCCCCUUAUCCACAUAACUACAAAAUGCUUCCUACAUUUGGAUCCUUUUUCGUGUUCUUGUUUUUUUUUUUUUUAUGCUAUAUUUGUGAAAUUUACUCGUGGGAAGAGACGCAAGUCAUAUUUGGAACGAAAAUGAAUGUUGCUGUAGAAA